AUUGGCGAACCAAAAAUGUUCAUGAUGAAGAUAUUAUCCUUUUCAAUGACAAAGGGCAUAUAUUUGAGAGAAGUGAAUACAAAUAUAUCAAAAAUAUUGAUAACAAACGACGAAGACAAAAAUAUGUCGGCCAUUCCUAGAGUGAAAUUCAAUAAUGGUUUGGACAUUCCCAUCUUUGGAUUGGGAACUUGGAAGUCCAAGCCUGGAGAAGUGGAACAAGCAGUAAAAUAUGCCAUUGACAUUGGCUACAGACACAUCGAUUGCGCCCAUGUGUACGCAAAUGAAAAGGAAGUGGGCAAUGCAAUUGCAGCCAAAAUUAAGGAGGGCGUAGUUAAGCGCGAAGAACUUUUCAUAACUAGCAAGUUGUGGAAUACCUAUCAUAGCCAAAACUUAGUGGAAAAAGCGAUUAAACAAACUUUAAGUGAUUUGCAACUCAGUUACUUAGACUUGUAUCUGGUACAUUGGCCUUUGGGCUAUCAGGAAGGUGGUGACAAUUUCCCAAAGGAUGACAAAGACCAAAUUAUUUUCAGUGAUGUUGAUUAUGUGGAAACUUGGAAAGGUAUGGAAGGUGUUUGCGAAAAAGGUCUUACUAAAUCAAUUGGCCUUUCAAACUUUAACAAGAGGCAAAUUGAAAGAGUUCUUUCAAUUGCAACAAUUAAACCCGUUACAAACCAGGUUGAAUGCCACCCAUACCUAAACCAGAGGAAACUUAUUGAUUACUGCAAAACUAAAGGUAUAACUAUUACCGCAUACAGCCCAUUAGGUUCACCAGAUAGGCCAUGGGCUAAGCCAGAUGAUCCACAUUUAUUGGAAGAUCCAAAACUAAAACAAUUAGCUGACAAAUACAAGAAAUCGCCAGCUCAAAUCUUGUUAAGGUAUCAAGUGGAACGUGGUAUAAUUACCAUUCCCAAAUCCGUCACCAAGUCUAGGAUUCAACAAAAUUUUGAAAUCUUCGACUUUUCAUUGUCCAAAGACGAUAUGGCAUAUUUGGACAGCUUUGACUGCAACGGAAGAUUGUGCCCAAUGACGGCGGGCUUGGGACAUCCACAUCAUCCAUUUGAGCAUGAUGAAUAUUAAAAUUAAAGUGUUAUAUUUUUUAAUAUUAAUUAGGCAAUAAAGGCACUCUUUACAUUA